UGCGGUUCAAUUUCUCGGCAGAGUGCUCUCCGUCAGAAAAGUGGCAGACUGGAGGGCUCGCCGUGCACUCGUGUUGCUGAUCAAGGUGGCUGUCGAGAAGCGUUCGGGAUGAGACGGAGGGAGUUGCCAUGCGAGCUGCUCUCCAACUUUCGCAUCCUGGUCUUAAUCUUCUUGGCCUCCCCAGUCACGGCAUCAGUCCCCGAACUGAGCGUCGUCGAUUGCGCGAAUGCGACCCACACGUGCACGAGUCGAACCGAGAAAUGCGGAAUCCUAUAUCACACAUACACACUGGGAUGUGCUCAAGAGCUUCGUGGAAAAACUCCCCAAGGUCUCUGUCUCGAUCGAUGUCGCUUAGACCUCAUAACAUUGUCGUCGAUGGUCGAAGGCUACAAAUUAGUCACUUGUAAAUGUGAACCCGACGAUUCGAACUGUAUUAUCGGCAAAGACCGUCUGUCUGAAUGCUGGAACGACAAAAUCAACUUCACAGAAUACGAGUUCAACAAUCAUUCGGCUCGCGCUUCGAGCUGCGCGGACGUUCGGACUCGCUGCAAGGAGAACGAGCUCUGUUAUCUAGCCUACACUUAUUACGGGACGUCGUGUCGUGGAGCGAUCGAGAGGACCGCGGAACCCUGCAACGAGCAAUGUGCCGCCAGCGCCCGCAUUCUUUACGCCGUCUCGAACGGUUAUUUCACCUGUGAUUGUCAGGGAGAAUAUUGGUGCCUUCGAGAGAAUAGCUUGAUUGGAACCAAGUGCUUCGGAAAUUCAUCUCUUAAGACGCAAUCGGCUCUGGCUCUGAUUCUGUUCUCGACGUUUCUGAGCCUCUGGAUGCGGUGA